AUGUUUUCUUCAUCUGUUUCAAAACGUACUGUUCUGGUCCCGAUCUUGUCUGUAGUGGCCAUAACACUCUUCUUUAUACGCAGUGUUACGUCUAUAAACGAAACCAAUGCGUAUCUAUACCACAAAUGCUUCGAGAAGGAUGGAAAAUAUAAGCCAAAUAGUCUGUACGAGAAAAACCUCGACUUUCUCAUCUCCAACGUUUGGAAAAAUGCUUCUGUUAAAGAUUACAUCUAUGGCAUGGAGGGUGGUCGUCCUAAUACCGUCUACAUUCUUAUCCAGUGCCGUGGUGACUCUUAUGGCUCCAAGUGUGAUACAUGCCGCUCCACUGCCUACUCCGAGCUACGUAAAAGAUGUCCGAUGAAAAAGGGGGCAAUAGUAUGGUUUGACCGAUGUCUUCUCAAGAUUUCUCCGACCACUUUCUUGAACGAGAUGGAUCUCAAUAACAAGUUCUAUAUGUACAACAAGAAUAAAGUGAGAGAUCCGGUGUCGUUUAACUCUAAAACAAAGACUCUUCUCACCGAACUGACAAAGAAAGCCACUCGCGGUGGUCCAGACAGGGAUAUGGAAGUGUACUGGUUGUACGAGACAGGGGAUAUGAAACUAGACGGGAAGAUGAAGCUGUAUGGAAUGGUGCAAUGCACGCGAGACAUAAAGGAGACAGGUUGUAAGAAAUGUUUGAAUAGGAUUAUUGGCGAGCUUCCUAAUUGUUGUGAUGGUAAAGAAGGAGGAAGAGUUGUGAGUGCAAGUUGUAACUUUAGGUAUGAGAGUUACCCUUUUUUGGACACUCGCAAAUGA